ACAGCGAUUUGAAGUUGAGUCAGGUGUGUUGAUGCUUCUUGUGGUUUACGCGUACAGACUACUUUAAUAGUUUCUUUUCCUGAUUUAUACACUUUCAAAUAUAAAAUUACAGUAUCUGAUGUGUUAGGAAGAAUUCUUGAAGCAUACACACAUAUAUUUAUGUAAUGUCGACUGUCUACGUAGAUCGUGGGAUGGCCUGGUGUACAGUGGUUGGUGGCUUUGUUGCCAACGUUCUGUUAGGUGGUUUAGGCAAAUCUUAUAGUUUGGUUAUGGAAGCGUUUCAAGAAGUAUUUGAAUGUGGUUCUGCCUACUUGUUUUUAGCUGGUGGUUUAAUCUAUACACUUAUGUAUUGUCUGUCUCUCGUUAACCACUUAAUUUCAAAACGAUAUGGUAGUCGACCUGUUGUAAUGGUUGGUGCUUUUGGCUCUUGUAUAAGUUUAUUAAUUGCAUCAUGUUCACCGAAUCUUGCACUUUGGGUUGUUGCUGUUGGUUUUGGAAUAGGCGCGUCCUUGUCAUGCAUUUAUUUCACAGUGUUCGCUGUUGUUGGAUGUUGUUUCAAACGAUAUUUAGGUUUAGCAAAUGGAAUUAGUGUUGCCGGUGUUAGUGUUGGUCAAAUGGUAUUUCCUUCAUUGAUCACUACUUUGAAUACUACUUAUGGUGCUAGAGGUGGAGGAGUAAUUAUGGCUGCAAUUUGUUUACAUUUGUUAAUCACAGCUGCAUUAAUGCCUCGUCAUAUCAUUGAUCCAGAUGCACCUGUUGUGCCAGCAGAAAAAGUUGAAACAGGCAAAUCAAAACGGAAAUCUUGCAAGUCACAAUCAAAAUCUAAAGAAGACAAACAAUUAAUGGCUUCAGAAGAUCUUUUGAAUGCUGAUAAACAGUCGACAGCCAUUGAUUUAGAUAAGAAGUUACAAAGUCCCGUAGAUGAGUUCUUCUCGAAAUUAGACAAUCAAAGAGAUGUAGUACACUCAGUGAAUGCUAUUAUUCAUUCUUCGUCUACAUUAUCAUUGUCCCGUGUAUCUGUCCUAUCAUUAUCAACUCGUCAUGUAAAAUACCUUACUCGUGGUUUACUUAUUGUUUAUAUAGUUGGUAAAACAUUUGGUGACGUUGGUGAUGUCAGUGUAUCUUUUAUAGCACCAGUAUUUGGAACUGAACUAGCCUUAAGUCCUACCAUAAUCAACAGAGCUAUAGCUGUUGCUGGUGUCGGUGACUUAAUCACACGUGUGGGAGUUGGUUGGCUUACAGAUAGACCAGCAUGUGUCGGUCGUCGUGGCUUAUUGUUAGCUGUUACAUGGAUCAUAGAAGGUUUAAAUGCCUUUGCAUUUGCUGAACUUAACCGAUUAUAUGGAAAAUAUGCUAUUAUUACUGAUGUUAAUGGUGAUGUUGUUGACAGUAAUGGUAAAUCAUUACUAAUAGCAUCCUAUUUUAUAUGCUCUGCUAUUCAUGGUAUAUGUAGUGGAACUGCAAUGACUCAAAUGGUUGUAGUUUUAUGCGAUUGGGUUGGCUCUUCACAAUUAGCACAAUCUUUAGCAGUAACUAUGGUUAUUUUAGGGUUAGUUAUAUCACCGGGACAAUUUUUGAUGGGUUUUGUUGCUGAUUACACGGGUACAUUUGUUUGGUCAUUAAGAAUCUGUGGUGUUAUUCUUCUAUGCGGUGGUUUCACUCUUUUCUUAGAAUUCCCCGUUCGUCGAUUGUAUCCAUCUGUAAAUAAUCAUCAUGAUAAUAACAAAAGUAAACCGAUUGAACAAUGUGUUCCAGUGAAAGAUAUCGAAGCACAAGAUAUCAUGUGUGAUAAUGUUGUGAAUGGUCUAACUAAUGGUGGUAAAUGUCAUUCAUUUAUUAAUUCAACAAUUCCUAUAGAUAAUAAUUUAUCUCCACUGAUUAAUACAAAUGGACAAAUUACAAAUUAAACAGUAUACAAAUUGUGUAUCACUGUUGUUUUGUUUUGUUUUGUUUUGUUUAGAAUACAACACGAAUCAUACUCAUUUAUUUGUCACUAUGCCUCUAUAAUAUGAAUGAAUUAACAAACUAUUACUAUACAUGAAGGAUUUUGUCUUCUUUUUCUUUCUUUAUAUAUAUUUCAAUUCAUUUUCUUAUUCCUGAAUGAUACAUGUAAUUGAUUUCUUCUUGAUCAGUUUAAAGUUCAACUCUCCCUUCCUGUUUUUUUUUGGAGAGGGGGGGGAGGAAUGGUUCUACCAAACAAUCCAAUUAUCGAUUCUGUUCCCGUUAUAUAUAUAUGACUUAUUUGUGCCUAUCCAAUAGUGCUUGUUUAUUUUUAAUAAUAAUCACUAACCAACCCGAGUUAUUUUUUCCACUUCUCUUUUUUUUGUUUUACUUCAAAAACAAACCCUCCCCCCAUUACAUAAUUUUUUUUGUAGGAUUAUUGUUUAAAUUUGUCUAUGCUGAUUUCAUUCAGAUAGAUAGUUAAUGUUAUAAAUAUAUACCAUACUAUUCUAUGUAUCUGAAAUGACCUCUAUUAUUAUUUUGUUUACAAUAAUCUUAGGUAUAUUAUAAUCUUAUCAUUAUUAUUAUUAUUAUUAUUAUUAUUAUUAUUAUUAUUAUUAUUAUUAUUAUUAUUAUUAUUUUAACAUUACGAAUCACGCAUAACUAUUUCCAUUAGUCGGUAUGGGUUUUUAUGUACAAAUAGAAUAUACCUUCAACUUUAUCCUUUAACUCUCACACGGACAGACAUGCACACAUUCACACGUACUACACACAAAAAUGCACGUCAACACACAUAAUCAGUUGUGUGAUUUAGAUUAAUUCGACUUGAUUUUAUGUAGACAUCAUCAUCAUCAUCAUCAAUAGAUUAGUAAUAAUGAAGUGAAGUCAUUUUGUAUUAUUAUCACUAUCAUUUGAUGAUGAUGUUGUUCUCUCCUUUUUUGCCGGUACGUCCAUUUCACGAUUGUAAAUUUGUAUUCAUCAUUCUGUUUUUAUUAUUAGUGACAGUAUGAUUUGUAAUAUUAUUGAUGAUAAUAAUAAUACAUGUUAAAUAAAAGUAUGAUUUCAUUAUCGAAAAGACAACUUCAUUGGUA